CAAAACAGUGGAUUGUGAGUGUACGAUAACUGCGAUACUAAUAGUAAUAGUAAUACUAUGGUAAUAAGCCUCCUAAACACGAUAGCAAUUUGUAUAAAAAAAUCAUUAACGUUACAGCUUAUCAAUAGAAUAGUAACUAAGUACUGAGGUAGCAUAUUUGCAGAACCAAAAAUAUACCAACUACUAGUGUGGAUCAAUAGGUUUCUUUGAUAGUAUGGAUGGACGCUACAGCCUUCGGAGUCCAGCUGUAAAAAGGUUGAUGCGCGAAGCAAAGGAGCUGCAAGAACCAACAGAGCAAUACUAUGCACAACCACUAGAGGUUUACAUAUUUGAAUGGCACUUCACAGUCCGAGGACCAGAAACAGAGUUUCAAAAUGGUAUUUACCAUGGUAGGAUCAUUCUACCACCAGAGUAUCCAAUGAAGCCACAAGCAUCAUAGCUGUUAACGUGAGGAAGGUUUGAAACAAUGAAAAAGAUAUGCCUGAGUAUAUCUGGACAUCAUCCUGAGUCGUGGCAGCCAUCUGUCAGAACAGCAUUGUUAGCAAUAAUUGGGUUUAUGCCAACACCAGGUGGUGGUGCGAUUGGUGCACUUGAUUACACACCUGAUGAAAGAAUGAUCCUGGCUAAAAGGUCCCAUGACUGGAUGUGUCCACUCUGUGGCAUUGCAAACCAUGAUCUCUUGCUUCCAAUGACAAGUGUAUCCAGUGCUGUACUCGAAGAGGCAAAAGUUCUUGGUACACAGAUAGGUUUCAAGGCUGAGGCCAGCAUGACUCCAAACAGUAGUAGUCAGUCUGUUUCAAAACAUCCGAGUGAAACAUCUCAUAGUCAACAAAGUUCCAACGAAUCUACUGACACUCUCCAAGAAACUGCAUGCCUUGGACCUUCAUCGCCUGUCCCUGACUGCACAGAAACUACAGCAGGUGGCAGUGACUUAAAUACAACAGACCACAGCUCACGGCAACCAUGUUUACCGGUGACGUCACCUGAACAGAAUGACCAGACUGUGCAGUCUCCCAGUGUGCAGGGAAAGCCGACCGUGAAUGCCCAGAGCCAUUCAUCGGUGGGUAACCAUCCUGCGUCCCAUGUUCGUCAGCGCGUAGCUCCAACAACGAUGCAAGUCAAUUACAGCCAAAUGGGAGGCAUGGUGGAGCAGAAUGGCAACGGUUCUUCAUCGAUCAUAGCAAUGAUCGUUUUGUCUCUUGUCAUUGCUGUGCUCGUCGCUCGCAGAAUGUGUACAAGCCUGCCAUGGCAUUUAGAUAUGACCGAACCGUAAUGUGACACGAAGUCUGGUGCUCCGGUUAAGUGUUAAUGCUGUAUUAGUCAUCGUUACUGGCCUCGCGUAGAAUAGAAGUGAAUGACAUUGUUUGUUUCAACAAUGAUGAAAAUACGUGUAUAGGUCAUUGCAUGUACGAAAUGAAUUACUAUCCUGAUGCUAUUACGGUUUGGAAGUUAAUGGUCAUGAUCCAAUGUUGAGAUGUUAAUUCCUGUGAACCUGUAACGUUAUCCUGGUGUCAUUAGGUUUGUUAUAGUUGCAUACUUGUCAAUGACAAUCUAUUACCUGUUUUUAUUUAUACAGAAGUUUUCAUGUCAAUGCUUAUAAAGAUUUUGCUUUAUGAAAAUAUAUUUUGUUUGUGAAAAUCAAGGGAUAAUAAUCAUUAGUCCUUAGAGUGAUGCAUGGCAGUAUGUUUUAUUGUGGGUUGGCAUAAUAGAUGUGUUUAUUAUGGUCACGGUGUUUUGAUGUAUAGCUGGAGCAAUUUACCAAAUAACCACAGACUACCAAAAAAUAUCAGGAAUAUAUUUAAUUGCUGCUGAUUAUGUUAGACAAAGGAUGUUAUCUUGUUUGCUUGUCUAUGCGAAGUGCAUGAAAUCAUGCAUACAUGCUCUGUCAAUAUGCUUUUUAUCUAGUGAACAUAGACUAAAAUAGCAGAUUGAAGAAAUCUGGUCUUGAAAUGUGAACUUAAGUGAAUAGCGAAGGCCGUUGUGGGCUGUGUAUGGGCGUCCUGUAUGGUGUUUGGGUGUUGUUGAUGGUGUGUGGCGUUGUUAAUGGUGUGUGGCGGAUUGUGUGGGGCUGAUGGUGUGUGGCGGAUUGUGUGGGGCUGAUGGUGUGUGGCGGAUUGUGUGUGGCUGAUUGUGUGGGGCGGAUUGUGUGGGGCUGAUGGUGUGUAGCGGAUUGUGUGGGGCUGAUGGUGUGUGGCGGAUUGUGUGGCGCUGAUGGUGUGUGGCGGAUUGUGUGGCGGAUUGUGUGGGGCUGAUGAUGUGUGGCAGAUUGUGUGUGGCUGAUGGUGUGUGGCGGAUUGUGUGGGGCUGAUGGUGUGUGGCGUUGCGGAUGGUUCUUUAGAACUCUUAAACUAUAACUGCACUGACCGUGUUUAAAGCUAUCUUAGUAAACGAAAGUAAAAUAUAAUAUUAAAAAUUGUACUGGAAUAGGCUAUUCAAUUGGGUUUGCGGAGUGACGUAUCAGUUGCAAGUCCGUCACAAGUAAAAAGUUACCAUUCAAGCACCGUAUCGUCCUAAAUUAUUGCCUAUAUUAUAGUACCCAGAUGAAUCAUCCAGAUGGUUUACUUUUGAAAUAUAUUCCGUGAAACCCUA